AUGCUUGCCAAUAUUCCUGUUGUUGGUAAAAUCCACAGUGGAUUAAACCAGAGCAAGGGUAUCCUUUUCGACAGGGAUCACGACCUGGAUGACAUUCCUGAGCAGGAAAUCCAAUCUGAGUUGGAGUCCCAGGGAGUGGUCUCUGUGAAAAGGUUUACCAAAAAGCGAAACGAUAAUAUAGAACCAACAAAUACCUACCUUCUGACCUUUGGCAUACCAAUAUUACCGACAAGUAUUAAAGUUGGGCUUUACAAUAUGAAAGUUGAAAUGUUCGUUCCAAACCCUCUGCGUUGUUUUGAAUGUCAGAGAUUUGGACACGGACAAUCCAAUUGUAAAAGUUCUGAAACAUGCUUCAGGUGUGGUGAGGAGGGGCAUGAUGGUAAAGGUUGCCAUAACGACCCCAAAUGCAAAAACUGCAAGGGCGGGCAUAUGGCUUCCUCCAAACAAUGCCCUAUGUGGAAAAAAGAGAAAGAAAUACAAAGGGUCAAAGCUGAAAAAAGGAUACCUUAUCCAGAAGCCAAAAAGUUGGUAAACAUAUAUAGUAGUCCAAAACCAAAUUUAACUUUUGCAACUAAUGUUAAAUCGUUCUCUUUGAAGGACAUGUCUACACAAGUCUCUGAGAAAGAUUUUCUUCAGCAGACUUCAUUCUGUCCAACACUUUCAUCACCUGACAAAGGUAAACACACUUCAGUGCCUGCUUCUACAGGUCCUGCAGUUACGGCUGCACUAAAAACCGUACCCCCAUCACAACCAGCAUCUACAAACAAAUCAACAUCAUCGGGGAGAAAAAACAGAUCUCCCUCAAAAAACACUUCCAAAAACACCCCAAAACAGUUGAGUGAUAGGUUACCCAAAGGGUCUGUCACUCUCCACAAUAAAUUUGGGGUUUUCGAGGAGAUGGACAUCACUCCAUGUCAUUCUUCCUCACGAGUCCGGAGUGUAUCACCCCCAAAAAAUAAAGGGAGGAUAUCCCCUAUUUCUCAUAUCAAAUAA